AUUUAUGAUGACGGAAAUAAUAGUUAUGACAAACCUAGUUUGAGUAGCAAACAUAAUUCUAAAAUGCUCUAUAAGUAAUUUCCACCCAUCCACCAUGGGGUCUUGUCCUGAAGGUCAGAGAUCAAAAUCUUUCUGGGGGUUAAAAGCCAUAAAUUGGGAAUCUAUUUAGGUGUCAGUCCAGUCAGAAAACACACACUGUGGACUUGAUAAGAUAAGAUAGAUUCCAUAUAAUUUAGAGCUGAUUUAAAUUUGUAAACACUGGAUUUUAUGUGUGAGGGCAGAUUAUUCCCGAGAAAACCUGGUCACAUUUCGGGGGGUGUUUCUCUGUCCUUUAGAUCUCACUGCUGAAGGAGAAUCCAUAAAAGUGGCCAUCACUGCAUUGAACAUGCAUGGACAAAGGAACAAGUGCCUUCAUUUGGAUAGCGGGAGACCUUCCAGGAGUAAAAGGCAGGUCUGCACAUGAUAAAGCAGGAUCACUUUCCAGAGAGAAAAUGUCAAAGUAAACCCGUCUGUUUUCAUCACCGUGGCAACAUGUUUCCACAGAAACAAGCUUCAUUAUCACAGGUAAGUCGCUACAGAGCGUGAUUCCUGCUGUAAUGAUCGAACACAUCUCUGUCAGCUUUCUGUAUAUGAGAGCGUCCUGUGUGGUGACUGUGCUGAGGUCACCACAUCUGUGAUUUUACUACAUGUUCACUGUCAACAGGAAGAAACAGGCAGUUUGUCUGCGGGGGUUGCCAUGGUCGUGUCCCUUUCAGCGGUCUGGGAACUUGGACUUGAGUCACUGGUGUUUCCUAGUUUUCGAUUCUUGUUUCUUAGUUCUUGUGACGCCAUCUUUGCUUCCUGUUUUUACUGUGUGAUCUUUCCAGAGAUGUGUUUCAGGUCUACGUGAAAAGCUGCAGUUACACCUGAGCCUGACAGAGCUGCAGAGGUCUGACUGCACUGUGACCGAGGCACAGGACGAGACGAUGGACGGCGUCAGCCCGGCUUCAGCCCGCUGUGGUCCUCGCUGCCAACAUAAACCUCAGCGCUUUAGACCGAGACCCAUGCAUCAGAGCACCCUGAGCCUGGGCGACACGCCGCCCUGCUACACCACCACCCACACCCAGAGUUAUUCCGGCAGGUCGGUCGAUGGACGUCCUCUCGUCUUCCGCCUCAGAGACCCCAGCUUCCCCUCCCAGCACCGCAGCCAGCUGGAUCUCCGUGACAACAACAUGCCGCCGCAGAGUGUGCUGCAGUCACACAGCAAAGAGGUGUACGCGCCCCAGCACGUGACUCCGAGAGUCGACCCAAAGUUGGAAAACUGGACUCGGUAUAACAGCAGCCGCGCCAUCAGAGAGCUCAUCAGUCAUCAUCAGCAUCAUCCACCCGAGUGCCAGAGCACCUACAGGACGGAGCACCCGACCCCGGAGUUCGACGGCUCGUCACUGCAGGCCAGCGGCAGACAGACACAGCGGCACCGACACGACAUCCUGACAGGUGAACCGACGCAGGUGUUUGAGCCGAGGAAGUCCAGACGGUCCAGAGAUCAGCAGCUGUGGGCGACCAGACGCUGGGAGACGGACUGUACUGCGUUCAGACUCUACUGAUAGGAAGUAACGCCACAGCAAACCUCCAUUAAAUGUGCAAACCCUGUCAGGACUCUGUGGUCUGCAGAUGCUUCUCAGAGCAUUCCCAUAUGAUGCAGGAACAGCAUUUCUCCUCCAGGACUCAGUGAACAGAAACAAUAAGUGAACUUUAACUGAAGGGGCUCAGAUGGGCAGGAAAACACAGAAAUACUAAAGUCCAAAGCCCACGAGAGGCUCCAGCAGGGAGUCGACCGCCAGCUUUACAGCAUAAAUAAACACGUUUACAGCCGGACAGGUGAGACACAGGUGGCUGUAGCUGCUAGCAUUUUCAUAGCAUCAUCUGACCAAUGACAUGGCUGCUGUGAGGUACUAACAGACACGGCAAGAAAUAUUGGUGAAAUUCUGGCUGUUACUAAUCAGCAGGUCUGUGUGAUACAAGCAUACAGUGUGUGGUGAUUGCCAAGUUAUCAGCUAAUGCCAUCACCCUCUCAUCCAAAUAUCACUACUGGACCCAGAAAUCUAGGGUCCUAAGCCACUAAUGAAAGCCCCCCACCCAGUUUAACCAACAAUAAAAGCUUCAAAUCUGAGAGAAAUAUUCAAUCCUGUACUCCCACUGUGCUCCAAUAACGUGCCAAUGAUCAGUGGGUCGGAUCACUGUGGAGCUGUGAGGUGUUUGGUCCUGAGAAUACACGGCGCAGGUGUGCUGCCAACGGUCAGGACAGUGCAGGUCUGGAAGGAGGGCAGGGCUCACACACAUGAAGACCAAGAAACAACCUCAUUUAAAUCACUUUAUUCGUGUGUAAAGAUCUCCAAUAAACACAAAUAAUGAAAUGAGUUGAAAUACCAGAAAUAAGAAGACUGAGGAGAAACGAACACAUAAAUAACAAGAAAAGGACAGACGGGGACAGAGAAGAAAGGGUGGGGCCUAUUUACAGAGACGCCCCACGUCACCGACGCACUGUGGGGUUUCAUCCCAGCACUAACAGAGUCCAGCUAGCAGCGGUACAGCAGUAGGCCUGUCUCUACCAACAGUUUCAGCUCCGCUUCAAAUCCAGUUUUGUUUUCAGCACUAAAUUCAAACAAGUGAAGCAGAAGAAGCACAAAAACGUAAAAAGACCUGCUGUUAAUCCCCCCCCCCAAAAAAAAAAAAUCAUUGCUGUCUGA